AUGCUCUGUAUAUUUGUAAUUUUGUUCGAGUCAAUCAAUUUCUCUAUUGCUAAUGAUCCUAUUCUCAUCGCAUCUCCAUAUCCAUUCAAUACAUCAAAAUCAUCAGAUCUUGAAUGUUUUAGCAAUGAUCAGGGCAUUAUUCAAUCGUUGACAAUUAUUGCUCCAAUGCUAGAUAUUGGUAAAAAUACUCCUUUAUUGCUAUCUAGUAAAGAGAAUGUAAAAAAUAAUGCCAGUAUUACUUUAAAAAUCCCUACACCAUUUAAUUAUUCAAAAUUAAACUCAAAAAUUGAAUGUCGUUCAAAAUAUCAUCAUGGUCAACAACAAGCCAGUCAACUCAAAGUACUAUCAGUUGCUGAAAUAAUUCAAAAAGAAUCUUUUACUAUAAAUACUUAUGCAAAGCAAAUGGUUGCUAUUGAUUGUCUAGCAUAUGGAACAAAUGUUAUAGCUAUUCAUUGGGAUUUUAUUAAGGAUAUAUCCAAACGUUUCUAUGAUCCCUUGCCUGUUGGUAUUCGUUUUCGGCAUAAAUUUACUCUCAAUGAUACAUUGAUUAUUGAUCAUGUUUCAUAUUCAGAUCAUCAUGGAUAUUAUCGAUGUUCCGCUACAAAUAAAUUACUUAAUAUAACUUAUGAAGAUAAGAGUGUUAUUUAUUUAAAUGUGCAAAAAACUGCAAGUUGGAUUCCGAUUGUGAUCGUAUGUGCAGUAAUAGGAAUAUUUAUUUUAACAUUUAUUCUCUGUGCACAAUAUUUUCGAAAGAAGAGGAAAAAACAACAAGUAGAGAAAAAACAAAUUUCACAAAAUGAUGAAAAAAUGGUUGGUCCAAUAGAGCAUCUUUUAACUAAUCAAGUAUCAAUCGAAGAUACAUCAUAUUAUAAUCAUCAAAUAAGUUCUGAACAAAUGGCAAAAGAUGUGGGAAAUUUAAAAUUACAGCAGGAUGAUUUCGAUCAUCUUUCUCACUCUGAACAUCCUACCGAAUUACCAAUCUCGAAAUCACCAUAUAAAAAAGAACAAGAACGAACAGCAGUUUUUUAUUUAAAAUCUACUUCAAAAAUCUCUCCUCAGUUCAUUCUUGGUAAUCCAUUUAUUGAUGCAAAUGCUCAAUCAUUAAACUCAGUUAAAUUAUAUGUGAAUAAAUUUUGUAAAACUUAA